AUGGCUAUCUACUACACGUUACUCAAUACUACCACGUUUCAAUUAAACACAUUUAACGGGAGAACCGUUGUGUAUCUCGGCAUCGGCAUUCCUUCCAUCAUCGUCCUCCUAGCUGGAAAUGUGAUGGUAAUAGCGGCAGUUUUUACUCAAAGAGCGCUAAAGAAACCGUCUUACUAUCUCCUAACCAGCUUGGCCAUUACCGAUGUUAUCACCGGAACAAUCGCGAUUCCUCUUGAGCUCUAUCGCAGGGUUGUCACAAACGAUAUCACCUGCUCGGCAAAAUGGGACGUGUACUUCACUAGCGUUGUGUACAUGUGCGCCAGUGAUUCCAUGUUUCAUAUGGUGAUCAUCACGUUCGACCGUUACUUGGCCGUCUUGAAGCCGCUGCGGUAUAAUGCUCUCAUGACACCACAGCGUAUCGUUAUGUUGGCUUUACUCAGCUGGCUAACAUCCGCGCUGUUCGCAAUAGAACUGAUUGUAACCGAAAGCGUUAAACCAACUAUUCCAGCUUUUUAUUGUACGAAUGUUCGGAUUCUCCCAACGACAACAACGGAUACUAACGAUAUUUUUAUCUUCUGCAUGAUCAUAUCUGGUAAUAUUGCUGUAGUCAUGUUCAACAUUCAAAUUUUACGCAUCGCAGUAAAGCAAUCGCGUCGCAUAACCGCCAUCCAAUGCGUCGGACAGGGAACAGCAACAUCUUCUGAAAGUCGAGACGCAGCCUUCCGUCAAAUCAGAGCGUCAAGGCUUAUUGUUUGCGUCGUCAUUGCGUUCCUCAUCUGUCAUACACCCUACGGUGUAAGGCGCUUGUGCUUGGUGGUUUCCAAUGACUUUGCUUUGAACGGCGUCAUCAGCCAUGUUAGUUUUCUGCUCUAUAUCACCAGCUCAGCAAUUAAUCCUUUCAUCUACUGUCAAAUGGACCGCGUUUUUCGUGAGAGUGUCGUGCGGAUGAUUCGAUCCGUUUGCAGAUCCAGAACGACUGGCAACGAGGACAACAUGACCACAACUACUGAACAAUCAAUGACGUACACGGCAUAA